AUGAAGAUAUUGGUGUGUUCUUUGGUUACUGCUUUGCUGUGUUUAAGUCCUGCGACAGCCGACAAUGGGAUGGAAGAGUUCGAUGAUGCUGCUCGAUAUGCGAUUGAGGGCAAAGUGUACCCACCGGAAUUGUACGGGGGAGAUUCGGAACUCGGGUGGCAGCUCGACACCCAAAUAUCCAUCAACGGUGGCGAAUACAAGGGAUUUCUUCGGGAAGACGGCACUUUUCUGAUCAGCUCAGUGCCGUCCGGCAGUUACGUGGUUGAAAUAGUAAAUCCGGACUAUUACUACGAACCCGUGAGGGUAGAAAUCAACCCCAAGGGAAAGUUCCGAGCUCGUAAGCUGAACUAUGUUCAGCCAUCCCAAGUUCUGCAACUACCCUAUCCGCUGAAGUUGAAGGCUCUUACCAGAUUCCGGUACUUCCAGCAGCGCGAACAGUGGAAGAUAACCGAUUUCCUGUUUAAUCCGAUGGUGCUCAUGAUGAUAUUGCCGCUAGGCAUUAUGCUAAUUCUACCGAAAAUAAUGAGUGAUCCAGAAACGAAGAAGGAAAUGGAAAAUUUAAACUUAUCCAAGAUGACGAACGAUUUACCCGAAUUCAGUGAAAUGCUAACGUCCUAUUUCACCAGUGGUUCUGCUGGGGCUGCUGCAGCUGCUGCCAAAGCAGGAAAGGAGAAAGAUAAAGCCAAACCAAAGCAAAGCAAAAAGAAAAACUAA